AUGGAAAAAUACAAAAUUUAUUUAUUUUUAUCUAAAAAAGGUAUUAAUGGUGAAUUAAAGCCUCAUCAUAUAGAGGUCUUUUCCGGCAAUUCAGAGGAGGUGAGUAGGGAAAUUCAACCAAUUUUAAUAAGUUUAAAUAGUAGAAACCCUAUCUUGGCUUUGCUUGAUGAUAAAUAUAACGCAAUACGUUUUAAGGAUGUUAUGGACACAAUAUCAAUGAAUAAAGAAGAAGUAUGUUCUCUACUUAGACCCUAUGAUAUUAUUAACAUUGUUAUGAAAGAUAAUAAUGAUAAAAUUUGGAAUUCUGCCUUUCAAGCCCAGUUUAACACUUUAGAUGAAUUCCUAAAAAAAAAUGUGAGUGACCAAAAAAUGUUUAUAUAUCGUUCUAUUAUACCUUUCUGUGAUCCCGAGUCAAUUAAUUUUCACAUUGAUUUAACCGUUAAAUACAAUUAUGGUGAAGAAGGUGGCGGAGCAAGAAAUGUAGAAGCUUUUCAAAGAGCUUAUAAAAAAGAUGGUAAUGUAGAAACUCUUUUUAAAGAACUUGGAUUAGGUCUUGCAGAAGGUAUUGUUGGAAGAGUUUUAGGAGGCUUUAGAGAAGAUCCUAUUGGAAAAGUUGCAGUAGACGUUGCAGAAAGUGUUAUUGGAAUGAAUGUUGAAAGAAGUUUUACGGAAGAAGUUAAAAAAUCUAUAGAACUUGAAAACAUUGAAUUAAAAUGA